CCUUAAUCAAAUCUAAUUUAUACCAAAGCUAUAAAGUUUAAAGACACCAACUUCCAAUCAUCCAAAUAACUUUAGGUAUUAUAAGAAUGAAAAAGGAGAGUCAUAAGGCAAUACCAACAUCUUCACUUUGCUUCACAUGCAUUCCACUUUCCAAGAGACACAAAAUCUAUACAUUUUUGCUCUUCCUACAAGGAAGGCACAUUCCUUUCUAAUACUUAUACCCUUCACUCCCUCUUCACACUUCUUACCAAAAACAUCAUUUUAGCUACUACUUCAAAAAAAACGAACACAUAAAUACAAAUUAUUAAUAAUACAUAAUGCGAACAGGUGGGUGUAGUAUACAACAAUCUCUAACACCCGAAGCGGCCGCCAUUGUUAAGCAAGCAAUAAAUCUUGCAAGAAGAAGAGGCCAUGCACAAGUUACACCCAUACAUAUAGCUAGUGUUAUGCUAGCUUCACCUAAUGGGCUUCUAAGAGGAGCUUGCUUAAAAUCUCAUUCACAUCCCCUUCAAUGCAAAGCCUUAGAGCUUUGUUUUAAUGUAGCCCUAAACCGCCUUCCCACCACCACUCCUACCCCAAUCUUAGGCCCACAUUCUCACUACCCUACUCUUGCAAAUGCCCUUAUGGCUGCCUUUAAACGGGCCCAAGCCCAUCAAAGACGUGGGUCCAUUGAGAGCCAACAACAACCCAUCUUGGCCCUAAAAAUUGAGAUUGAGCAACUAGUUAUAUCCAUCCUUGAUGACCCUAGUGUUAGUAGGGUUAUGAGGGAAGCUGGUUUUUCUAGCACUCAUGUUAAAUCUAAUGUUGAACAAAAUGUUUCUUCCUUAGAGGGUUGUUCUCAAACCACAACAAUUACUACUAAUAAUAACAAUAAUAAUAUUUCAUGUAAUAAAAACAAUGUUUAUGUUAAGUGUGAGACUGUUAGUCCACUUGAUUUCCAUUUUAGUGGGGCCAAUCUUCAUCGUGAUUCUAAAAUAAUCUCUCUAAAUUUGUUGUCGUCUCAGGCUCGAGCUGAGGAUGUUUCGAGCCUGAUCGAUUGGUGGACAAACAAAAAGGAAAAGAGCAGUGUAGUCCUAGUAGGGGAAUGUUUAAGUACUUGUGAAGGUGUUGUAAGAGGGUUUAAAGAAAGGGUUGAUAAAGGGGAUGAACAAGUUCCUUUAGAAUUUAGGUAUUUACAAUUUUUGAAUUGUCCUUUGUCUUCAAUGAAGAAUCUCUCAAGGGAAGAAAUUGAUUUGAAAUUAGGGGAAAUUAGAUGUGUGUUAAAAGGGUGUUUAGGAAGAGGGGUAGUUUUAUACUUGGGUGAUCUUAAAUGGGUAGCUGAAUAUUGGGCUUAUUAUGGGGAACAAAGGAGACAUUAUUAUUGUCCUAUUGAGCAUUUAGUGAUGGGAUUAAGGAGAUUAGUUUUUGGUAAUUUGGAGAUUAGUGGAAGAUUAUGGUUAAUGGGUAUUGCUACUUUUAACUCUUACUUGAAAUGUAAAUCAGGAUUUCCUUCUUUGGAAACCCUUUUGGAUCUUCAUCCUCUCACUACUCCUGCUGGAAGUUUGGACCUUAGUCUCAAUCUUGAAAGUUCAUUGCUGGGCCAAAACAAAAGUGAUGUCUCAGGAGAGGGUUUCAGCUGGCCACUAUUUGAAAAUAAAAUUGAUAUGCAGCUCACUUGUUGUAAGAAUUGUUCUGCCAAUUGUCAUAGAGAAGCACAAAGCUUAGCUGGCAGUUAUCGAAAUAACGACUCAACAACCACCACAACUACCACCACCACAACCACCACGAGCUCAAGCUUACCAUCUUGGCUUCAAAAGUGCAAAGAAGAAAGCAAAGAAAUUAGCACUAAUCAUGAGGAAACAUUACAAAUCAAAGAGCUAUGCAAGAAAUGGAACUCAAUCUGCAGCACAACUCAUAAAACCUCAAAUUCAGCAGAAAAAACCCUAAAUUUCUCAUCAUGUUCACCUUCAUCUUCAUCAAUUUCAUCAUAUGAUCACAAUAAAAACCUUCAUUUACAUGAAUCAAAACCCAUGAAUCUAACGCCAUUCAUGUUUGAACCCAAAUGGGGAUCAAAUCAAAACCCAUUUUUCCUCCAAUCAAAACCCGAACUCCAGUCGAAUCCAAACUCAACACCGAAAUCUGAUUCAUCAAGUGAAGCAACGGAAACAACCAUAACCCAAUUCAAUCACAAUAACCCAGAAAAUUUAGAAGCAAUUUGCUCUGUUUUAAACAAAAAAAUCCCAUGGCAGAAAGAAAUAAUCCCUGAAAUUGCAACAACAGUCUUAAGAAUCAGAUCAGGAAUGAUUAAAAGGAUGAAUCCAUCAUCAAAAAUUGAAGAACAAAAGAAGGAAACAUGGUUGUUUUUCAUGGGUUCAGACGAUGAUGGAAAAUUAUUAGUUGGAAGAGAAUUAGCAAAAUUAGUAUUUGGGUCCUGCACAAAUUUCAAAUCAAUCAAUUUAAGUGGUUAUUCAUCAACAAGAACAGAUUCAAAUGAUGAUUUAAGACCCAAAAGAGUAAGAGAUGAAAUGGGUAAAGAUUUUCUAAUGAGAUUUUGUGAUUUAAUCAAGGAAAAUCCUCAUAGAGUAUUUUAUAUUGAGGAUAUAGAACAAAUUGAUCAUGGGUCCCACAUGGGUAUCAAACAUGGUAUUGAGACUGGUAAGAUUAAGCUUUCUAAUGGGGAAAUUGUGUCAUUAGAAGAUGCAAUUGUGAUUUUUAGUUGUGAAAGUUUUAGUUCUGCUUCUAGGGCUUGUUCUCCUCCUGUCAAGCAAAAGUUAGAUCAUGAUCAUGAUCAUGAUGAUCAUGAUGGUCAUGAUGAUCAUGAAGAUGUGGAAGGUGAGGCUACUUCUUGUAUGCCUGAUCUUGAUUUGAAUCUUGCAUUUCAGAAAGAUGAGAAUGGGUGUAGUGAUGAUCAAUCUUUUUGGGGUGGUGAUUUUAGGAUUCUUGACUUAGUGGAUAAACAAGUCUUUUUUAAGAUGAUAAUGUUGUAAAAUAGUUACUAUUUUUGGUAUUUCUUGUGUUUUGGUUUGUGUUUUUAGGUUUCUAAAUUGGGUGGGAUGGUAUACUGUAAUGGUAGUUAAAACUAGGGCAAGUUAAUUAGGUAACUUAUAGAUGAUUAGUGUAACUUUUGAUGUGUGUUAAUAUAGUUUUGUAAAUUUUUUACUACUCUAUACUUUUUUAUCUAAGUGCGUAAGGUCGCGUGCAUUUGCUUCUUAUUUAAAGCCCAAUCAACACUUCUGUCACUAGUUGUUGUAUUGUACUUCAUUUGUCUAUUUCAAUUGGC